GGAAAGUAAAUGUUGUGCUUCUGGCGUUUACCGGGUGCAAUGAAACUGCGUGACGAGAGGGCCUUCGUUGCUGUGAACAGAGUCCGGACUCUGGAGCCUGGGACAUUGUCUACUCGCACCGACUGAUGGAGAUGGAGGAAGGCUGUGCCAAGAAUCGACGAUAGCAGGACAGUACGGGAUUUGGACGAAGAAUGUGUGUCGAGCGUUUCGGUUCUUCGGGGGCCUGCGAAAUCGGCUUCGUCGCGCUGCUCAUUGGAAGUUGAUCUUUGGUGUCGAUCUUGGACCGAUCGAUCGCUUCCUCGGCAAGGAUGGCGGGAUUGUUCGCCUGGGCCGCAGAUGUCGUCGGCGGAGGACCUCUAGAGGAUGAUGAUAAGCCUAGGAAACCAGUGCCCUUGCUUCUCACAUCUCAGCAGACACACUACUUGAGUGAAUUGGAUGUCAAAGCCGCUGCCCUGCAGCAGACCGUGCAAGUUCUUCGGCAGCGUGUUGGACCUGGGGCGCAAGGUUUUGCCGAGCGAAUGCCGCAUUUGCAUGCAGAUUCUGUUGCCUCGCAAUCAGCACUUGCUCUAGAAGUUCAAGCACACAACGCCACUCGAAUCCAGAUACAAAUGAGGGAGGAUUCGUUGCGAGCUGAAAAUGAAGCUUAUGCAAAGGCACUAGCAGGCCGACAGGACGAAGCACGAGAGAAAGCUCAAGAAGCUCAAGAACUUCAGACCACCAUGCAGGAAUUAGAAGAGAAGGAGAAAACUUUCAAGAGUGACUUGGAGAAGCUACGAGCUGCUGUGGCUGAAAAGGAUGGGCUUUCUAUUCAAGAGGAGGUAGAAACUACAGCAUCAGAUGCGGACAGGGAUACGCUUCUGCAGAAUGAGUUGAGGCAACUAAGAUCUGAGCUCGAUAUGUGGGAGGUCAAGGUGGCGAAGUUGGAGAGAGAAGUAGCUUCCGCCCAGCAAACUGCUUCACGGUGGCCCUCGCCAGCCCAACGGGAGAAGGAGUUAGAACGGAGGCUCAGAAAUUUGACAGAACAGCUUGUGACAAAGCAGGCACAAGCAGAAAGUCUUGCCAACGAGCGCAAUGCUCUGGAAUUAAGAUUGGAACAAUUGAACGAAUCCCGACGGCACAUCCAAGCCACUGGAACGGUGGAUGGAAAUUCGAAGAGGAAUAAGAUCGGUCGACCGUCUACGAGCCAUCAUAGUGGAGAUGAAUCAAAAGUGCGUGGUCUCCCAGUCCGGCAGAGGGCUUCCAAGUCAGUUAGCGAUAACGUGGCGAACGUAGCCAGAACUAUGGACGCGUUCAGUCUACACGCCGGCAGCCACUUUUGGAGGAAUAAGUUGGUGCGGUCUCUGACGGUAGUGUAUAUCCUCUGCCUGCACGUUGCAGCCUUCAUCAUGUUGACGGGCCGCAUGCAUCGCCAAUUCAAGCCAGCGACUGCAAAGGAGCUCCCGUAAACAUUCCUAGCAUGCUCAGUGCACAACCAGAUUCCAGAUCCCAUCGUGAGAGCACCUAAGUAUGUGUCUUUGACGUAUCAGGCACUAGACAUGUACACACCAUAUUAUUGCACAUUUGUGGAUAGUUAUUAUCAUUAGUUGGCCUAUGCAUACUACAAGUUAGAACAUUUCUAUGUUCCCCACAUCUAGAAAGUGCCAAAUUGAGCUCGUUUGAAAUAAGCCCCUUGUAGAAUAUAUAUAUGUCUGGAAAUUUCGUCCGAACGGUUGGUUUGAGAACACAACCUGCCUUUGUACUUCAAGAGUGUCCAGGAACGUAUCGAACUUUGCCUUUCCUCUGCCAAUCAAAGUAUUCCUAGAUCUCUUACAAGUUCGAUAGCGUAUAGUCUCUCAACCUAAACACAUGUUGUUUAGGCCCCAUAACACGUUGGGGCGUUUUACACAGGACCUCGUACAAGUUUCUCCAAACCUUCUUGUUCUGGUGCUUUACAGCCUCAGUUGGGUUCUCUUUUGAAAGUGUACCUAUUGAAGCCAGUGUUGAGUAUAUGUCCAGAACUGUGUAGGACGCAUAUACCGUUAUUAACCUUGACCCAUACUUGCAUCUAGUAAUAAACUGAGUGAUUGUCUAAAUUUUCACGAGCAAAUAGUGAAACAUGCAGAUCGCAAGGACUUAAAAACCUUCACGGAUUAGUUCUCGCUGACCUGUCAAAAAACUAGACUGUUAAAACCUUAGUCAUAAGUUGGAACUCUGGCAAAGUAGGUAUGGAUCUUUUGACAUAUCCUUGCAACUCGCCUUAACGGCUUACAUAAUAACAUGUACUACAGCCAUCAAAGAUUUCGGAGGAAGUCGUAUUGAGAUGUUGAUGAAUGGCAUCUGGCUUACAAAGUGCGAGCACUAGAAUUUCCAAACUUCGCGACAUCAUGGUUCAGUAUUCUACAAUUUUAAGGAUCAGUGUGCUCAACUUGCGGUGGAACCCAUUAUUGUUAUAGAAUCAGGUACUGAACUAGAAAAAUUAUAUCAAGAGUUCACUGUUGUUGCCGUCGUUUCAAGAGUUCUGUCAGCUACAUGGUUUUUCGUGCUUUCCAAUCAAACUGGUAAAUGAGCUUCAUGGUUGAAUUUCCGUGUUUUGAAUCUCAAAUCAGACCAUCCUGAUUGUAGGAUAUCAAACUGGUAAUGUGCAGACGAGUUGCGUGUACUGUACUGCGCGGGUAUCUCACCUCAGAUGGUGUCU